CUUUCACUGCCUGAGAUCAGCCUUCUUCAAUGAAGAAAUCUCAGAAAGAUGCUUGGAGGAGCCACAUGCAGACAAUCCAAGCAUCAUAAGCUAUCAUGCUUGAUGUAAAGGUGCUGCAAGACGGCUGAGAACCAGGCUCUUGAUAAAUGGACAUUUUAUUUUUAGAACUGGAUACAGAAAUAGAUCAAUGGUCCUUACGAGUGAUUCAUUCCCAAACUGCAGAACUGGGAUGAUACCGUGCUGCAUUCUGAUGUACAAUCCCUAUAUUUCUUCGAACGUGUGAUAGCAUCAGGAUGUGGCUGAAGUGAAUGAAGAUAUAAGGUGAGCCGAGCUGCAUGUAUGGACGUCUUUAGCUUUGCAAAGAUCGCUAAGAUAUCCAGUCACAGGGCAAAAUCAUCAGGGUGGCCUCCACCCACAGGAACCUGGAGUUUGCCUCAGGGACCACCCUAUGGAUGGGAGAUGGCGACAAACAGAGAUGGGAGAGAUUUCUUCCUCAGUCACUUGACACAAGCGGCCACAUUUGAAGACCCAAGAAUUGAAAACUGCCAAGUCAACCCUCCAGCUCCUCGGAACGUGGAAAUGAGAAGAGAUCCGGUGCUUGGUUUUGGUUUUGUAGCUGGAAGUGAAAAACCUGUUGUUGUACGUUCUGUAACCCCAGGAGGACCAUCUGAAGGAAAAUUAGUUCCUGGAGAUCAAAUCAUUAUGAUAAAUAAUGAACCAGUGAGCAAUGCUCCAAGGGAGAGAGUGAUCGACCUUGUCAGAAGCUGCAAAGAAUCCAUCCUCCUUACAGUUGUGCAACCAUACCCGUCUCCAAAGUCAGCAUUUAUCAGUGCUGCAAAAAAAGCAAGAUUGAAGUCCAAUCCUGUCAAAGUUCGAUUCUCAGAGGAAGUGAUAAUCAAUGGUCAGGUCACUGAAACCAUGAAAGACAAUUCCCUCCUUUUCAUGCCAAAUGUCCUGAAGGUAUAUUUAGAAAAUGGGCAAACCAAAUCAUUUCGUUUCGACAGUGGUACUUCUAUAAAGGAUGUUAUAUUAACACUCCAAGAGAAGCUUUCCAUCAAGUGCAUCGAACACUUUUCUUUGAUGCUGGAACAAAGGACAGAAGCAGCUGGUACCAAACUUGUUUUGUUACAUGAACAGGAGACACUAACUCAGGUGACUCAGAGACCCAGCUCACACACAAUGAGGUGUUUGUUCAGAAUUAGCUUUGUUCCAAAGGAUCCAAUUGACUUACUCCGGAGGGACCCAGUUGCCUUUGAAUAUUUGUAUGUGCAGAGUUGCAAUGAUGUUGUUCACGAGAGAUUUGGACCAGAGCUGAAAUAUGACAUUGCACUGAGACUGGCGGCACUGCAGAUGUACAUUGCAACAGUUACCACAAAACAAACACAGAAAAUCUCUUUGAAGUACAUAGAAAAAGAAUGGGGUUUGCAGACAUUUCUGCCAUCUGCCGUGUUGCAAAGCAUGAAAGAAAAGAACAUUAAAAAAGCACUUUCGCACCUUGUCAAAGCGAAUCAAAACCUGGUUCCCCCAGGCAAAAAGCUAUCUGCUCUACAAGCCAAGGUGCACUAUCUGAAGUUUCUCAGUGACUUGCGCUUAUAUGGAGGACGUGUAUUUAAAGCUAAAUUAAUUCAGGGAGAAAAACAUUCAGAUGUAACCUUGCUAGUUGGGCCACGAUACGGCAUCAGCCACGUGAUCAACACAAAAACCAAUCUUGUUGCCCUGCUUGCAGACUUCAGCCAUGUAAAUCGCAUUGAGAUGUUUACAGAAGACGACAUUACUGUUAGAGUUGAGCUUCAUGUAUUGGAUGUCAAACCCAUCAUUUUGCUUAUGGAAUCGUCCGACGCCAUGAAUUUAGCUUGUUUAACAGCAGGUUAUUACCGAUUGCUGGUUGAUUCUAGGCGUUCAAUAUUUAAUGUGGCUAACAAUAAAAAUGCAACAAAUCGUGAACCAGCAAAUGAAAUCCGAACCAAGCAUAAUUAUCAUGAAUGUGAUUGGAAUUAUUUACCAAAAUCAACAAUAUUUGCCUAUGAGGAGAAUCAAGAAGCUCCAACCAUAUUUACAGACUUGAAACAGAGAAACACAGAUAGUCCACUGUGUCACAAAGACCACAGACACUUGUAUAUAGAGACUACAUUUAAUUCAGGACAACUUGAUCAGCAACUAACCAAACAGUGUGACCAUAUUGACCUAGAGAACAGCCUCAGAGGAAACCAACCAUCAAUAUUAUCCAUCUCAGGCCUGGAUCACACAAAUACAGCACAAGACUCUCCCAGGAGUGCAAAAGUAUCUUUUAUUUUCGGGGAUCAUAACUUGGAUGCAAUAAAUCCACAGACACUUGGCUAUGAAAGAUUGCUGGAUGAAAGCCCUGAAAUGAUAGAUAAGCAAAGUGUGAUUUACUUAAAUAAUGCCAAUGAUGUUAAAGUCUUGGAUCUGUCCUCAGAUACAGAAAGUAUCAAUUUUGCUGCAGAUGCAGUUUAUGCAAAUAUUUCUAGUGAUGGUAAAAUAUUUGGAGCUGCUGAAGGAAUAGAAGAACCUUUGUUACAUGAUAUAUGUUAUUCUGAAAAUACUGAUGAUGUCGAGGAUGAAGAUGAAGCCAGCUGUGAAGAAGAUGUCUUGGUUCCAGAGGAUAACAGAACAGAUAUUCUCAGCAUGUCAGGAUCCAGUGAUGACAUUAUUGAUCUAACUUCACUUCCACCUCCUGAAGGGGAUGAUACCGAAGAUGACUUCUUGCUGCAUUCCUUGAACAUGGCUAUCGCUGCUCCUCCUCCUGGAUUCAGAGACAGUUCCGAUGAAGAGGACUGUCAGAAUCAGUCUACAUCAUUUAAAGAAAGUACUGGAUCAGCAGUCAGUAUAUCUAAUGAGGAUAUUCCUGUGUCCCUUAUUGAUGCUGUUCCAACAAACGCAGAUGAAAAAAAUGAGACAAUCUUAGAAGGUGCUCUUGUUUCAAACCUUCAGACCUUGGAAACUUUGGCUGUUUCAGAGGAAAGCCAUACAGAUGAUCCUUCAGGUGUAACAAUUCUAAGAGCAUAUAGUCCUGAGUCAUCCUCUGAUUCUGGUAAUGAAACAAACUCUUCAGAAAUGACUGAAAGUUCUGAUUUAGCAGCCGCACAGAAACAUACAGAAAACCCAGUUCGUGUAAUUUUACCUAGCAGUGAAGGAUAUCAAUCUCUGAUGGAAGAACAAACUGAGCUUUCUGUGGCCAAGAAUCCAAAUGUAAAUAUACCAAUGAACUCUACACCUUCCUUAGUAAAUCGACAAACUGGGGAGCUGCAAUCAAAAGCAGUGCCUUCAAAACAGAUCCUCCAUUCGGAUAAUGUUGAAAUGGAACCAGAGACAAUGGAAACAAAAUCUGUUACAGAUUAUUUCAAUAAGAUGCAGAUGGGCUCAUUGGUGUAUUCAUGUAAGAGAAAAAAUAAAUUGUUAGAUGGGGAAAUAAAAACACAUUUUGAUGUCAAUGUGACAGUCAAAAAGCUGGGAAAUAAACGUCCAGAGAACAAUGGUGAGAUCAAGACUAAAUUUGAAACACUUCCUUCUAAGGACUGCCAGCAUCUAAGCAAUUUUAACUUGGAAAGAACUGCAUUUCGGAAAGACAAUCAAAGGUGGUACAACACGACUGACAAAGCAUCAGUUGAUAAAUUGCAAGCAGACGCAGCGUAUGUUAAGACACUUCCAAGACUUUCUGGUGUUGGGAAAAUAGAAGCAGGUUCCAAAGAAGACAUAAAUACAGAAAAUAAACCAGAUGAUAUGUUCAUCGCGAAUGUGAAAUGUAUUUCUUCUUUCAAAGAACUUGGGGACUCUGAAGAUGUUGAUGCUUCUGCAGACAACAUAUCUAAACUUGUAGAUACUGAUCAGAGUAUGACAAGAGUUUGUGAGUUCCACAUGGCCAAGAACAUGUCUCCAUUUCACAGCGAGGGCCAUUUUUCACUUCAGAGUUCCCAGUGUUCAUCAGUGGAUGCAGGUUGCAGUACAGGUAGCAGCUCAUGUGCUACUCCAAUCGAAUCUCCUCUUUGUACCUCAGAUACGAAGCUUAUUCUCUCUGAUGCAUCAGUGAAGAGUAUUGGCCACAUUACUCCAGAUGAAAGACAAUCCAUCCUUCCCAAUCAUGAGACAUCUUAUACAGAACUACACCAACAAACAGAAAGUGCUUGUCACAGGAUGAGUGUUCCUAACAUGAGUACACCAAUAAAUACAGAACCACUGUUUGGCACUUUGAGAGAUGGGUGCCAUAGGAUUUCAAAGAUUAAAGAAACCACAGCUUUCACAGAUCCUGCAAAAGGAAGAAGAGGAGGUGGCACUCCUGCAACUUUUAAACACCCUAAAGGAGACCCUUUAGCAUCACCCAACAUUUGCUCAGAGUCAAAUGUGCCAAUUGAAAAUCAAGACUCUCUUUACUUUCACCAAGGGCAACAGGCAUGUGUAGCAGAAGUGGCAUUACAUCCCUACGACAUAACAGGAGGCAGCUUAAAAAUGCCACAAAACCAGAGAGUGUUAAGACGUAGCAGUAGUGUUAUAUCAAGGUCCUCUGUUGUGGACCUAACAGACAAGAAAAUAUCUUCAAUAAGCUUGUGUUUGGAUAGAACUGAGGCUGGACCUUUCAAAACAGAAAAAAGAGUCGAACUGCCGUUGGGGAAAAAAAUAUCCAAAAGCCGUUCCCACAGUUCUGUGAAUGCUGUCUGUGAAAGCAAAGAUGAUAAGAGGUCAUCUGCUAUUGGUCCUAUGCAAAAGGUACAGAAACAGUCACGAUCAUUGCCUUUGUUAAAACUAGAUGCAAGCAACUGGAGAUGUCGAGGUCCCUUUAGUUACUGCUUCCAAAACAGAGGAGAUAACGCAGAUGAUGAUGAUGGCGAUGCCGAAUGUAAUGUGGUUGACAGUGGAAACAACAAUGAAAAAAAGGAACUCUCUUGUGUGUAUUUACCACAGGCACCAACUGAAAUACAAAAGGAAAGUGAUGUUCUACCCACAGACUGUGGGAACAAAGAAACAGAAUCUCCCACAGCUGGGCAAACUGAAUGUCAUUUCCACAACAUGAACCUUGAUGAAAAGAUUGCAAGAAUAAAUGCACUUAAAGAACAUGUUUAUGCAAUACCUGAGGGAUUUUAUGCUGCUCAAAAGGAUGCUAACGAGUUACUCUGCCUAAUAAGAUCAAAUGUCACAGGAAAGGAGGAAGGUGUCAGGGUAGAUCUCUAUGAUCACGAGCUGUCUCAGUACAAGCAACGUCUCUCCGUGGAAUCCAGACAGCUAGGAAGUGCCUGCAAGAAAAUGGCCACGGCUGACAAAGGCCCAGAGGAAAUGCUCUCAGCGAUGACUUCAAGCUUUCAGAUUCUCUGCUGUUUAACAGAAGCUUGCAUGCGAUUAGUAAAUGCGAUGAAAUCUGAAGCACAGCAACAAGAAAUUGUAGCUAAAAUAGAUGAGGUGGUGUUAAACUACCUCUGUUUGCUGAGGGCAGCCGAAACAACCUCCAUCAAGGUGUUCAAUGAUCCUAAUGUUAAACUUUUGGCUCGACAUUCAAGUUCUAUGGCUGCAGUUGUAAGCACACUAACCGGUUCUCUUAAAAUGCUUUUAAACAAAUAAACUUAUGGGAAGUCACUUCAUAAACUACCUUUAUAAAGCCAUACAUUAACUCUUAUUUUACCUGUAUAUAAUAUAAUGUAAAUUGCAUCCUUCCACUUCCUACCCUUAUACACAGGCAUUGUUUAGCCCUUAAGAGUUCUGAGGUUGGCUAACAAAAUACAUUGGCUAUUGUUCUAAUGCUAAAGAGUUUAAGGAAUCUUGUUCAUUAGUAAAUGUUAAACUUGCACAUCCUUCUAUAAGAGAGAAGCAUCCUAAGGCCUACUUUGCCCAGGUUACUUCUCAGAUAAUACUCGCAGGCACAUAAUGUAAACAUUUCAACCCAGCUGCAUCUUCCUCCUUUCCUCCCUGUCCAGUCAUGUAAGAGUUAAGAUUAUGUAUAUAGACAGUAUUUAAUAUUUUAAAUUAUAAUUUUUAAGCACUGAAAAUAAAGAAAUGUUUAAAUUCCAAGAAGGUAUUAUGAUUUACUAGAGAAUAUAUAUAUAUAUAAUAAAUUGACUUUUUGUUCA